GACGGCAAUACGGGUGGCAAAAUACCAUAUUCGGGUAAUAACUUCCAAAAUAAAACCAUUUGUUUCUUGUAAUUUGCUUAGUGGACUUGUUAUCGGGCCGGCCUCGAUCUCCUCAGUUUCGCGAAGGGAACCGAGUAUUUUGUACCAAUUCAAUCCCUGUCCCAGCCGCGCCGGAGUGACGUCUCAGCUCUCCUAACCACCACUCUUCCAUCCCUCCAAUCUCGUGAUAUCAGUGAGGGCUGGACAGACUUCAGCAAUCAGCCCUCCGCCAACCACCCCCACCUCCACCUCGUACCACGCGGAACGAUCGACCCAAAUGUCACAAUGGGCAACUCUCCCAGCCGUAUAACGGCCCAAGACCAAGCAAUCCUCGACCUCAAAACGCAGCGCGACCGUCUACACCAGUACCAACGGCGCAUCACGCACCUGACCGACCGCGAGACCCAAGCCGCGCGGCAGCUGCUAGCCAAGGGCGACAAGGCCCGGGCGCUGCUGGCGCUGCGGCGCAAGAAGUACCAGGAGUCGCUGCUGGGCAAGACGGACGCGCAGCUGGAGCAGCUGGAGCGGCUGACGUCGUCGGUCGAGUUCGCGCUCAUCCAGAAGGACGUGCUGUUCGGCCUGCAGCAGGGCACCAAGGUGCUCAAGGAGAUCCACAGCGAGAUGGGCGGGAUCGAGAACGUGGAGAAGCUGAUGGGCGAGACGGAGGAGGCGAUUGCUUACCAGCGGGAAGUCAGCGAGGUUAUCGCGGGUAGGAUAUCCGUGCAGGACGAAGAGGAGGUCGAAGAUGAGCUUGCAGCGCUCGAGGCCGAGGUAGCCAAGAAGGAGGGAACGCAGCGGUUGCCAAGCGUCCCGGAUACCCAGCUCCCGGCGCAGAAUAUUCGGGAGGAAAGGCAGGCUGAGCAGCCGGCACAGAGCGCGCAGACGGAGAGACAGGCGAUGUUGGCUUGAUAAACGGGGAAGAGGAGUUCGGGGGUAAAGGAUUGGAUGCAUGUACGGCGCUCAGGGCUUAUAUACUCGUUUGAUGGUCAACGAGUUUUGGUUAUACCUACUCAUGCUGGAGCUGGUUGGCGAUGCUCAUCUGCCAUGGUUG